AUGAUAACCUCUUCCACAUCCUGGACACCAGACGAAGAUUUCUCUCAGCUGCUUGCAGCCCUUCUUUCAUAUGACAGUUAUGCGAGUGGAGCAAACUUUCUCAAGCCUGGCUCAGCUCCAUCAAUUCUUGCAAUUAUCACUGGCAAAGGACCCCUGAAGGAUGGGUAUAUUGCUACGAUUGAGAAGCUUGAAUUUCAAUUUAUCACCGUAGAGACUGUAUGGCUGGAAUCGGAGGAUUACCCAAAGAUGAUUGCCUGUGCCGACUUGGGAAUCAGCUUGCAUACUAGUACUUCUGGUGUAGAUCUGCCAAUGAAAGUUGUGGACCUAUUUGGCGUGGGCGUUCCGGUUGCUGCGUUCGGAUUUUAUGCUUUGAGGGAGCUGGUGAAGCAUCGUGAGAACGGAAUUGUAUUCAAGGAUGGUCAAGAUCUGGGUGAAAAUUUGAAGACUUUGUUUAAUCCGAGCUCAAGGGAGUUGGAAAGGUUGAAGAUGGGGGCUAUGAAAGAGACUCAUGAUCGAUGGGACGAGAAUUGGGAUAAUAUAGCUGCACCAGUUUUUGGACUUUGA